AUGGCUUCUAAUUCCCAACAGUUUGGUGUUCAUCAUGAGGUACCAGUUAAAGGAGUUAAUGAGAUGAACUCUAAAGUAGAGCAACAACUUGCUCAAUUGACUAAUAUGGUGCAACAAAUGGCCUUAGGUCAUCAAGUGAGACCUUGUGGACUAUGUCAGGUGGUGGGGCAUCCUACUUAUGCUUGUGGUGCACAAUAUGAGCUACCCACACAUCAUUCAUCGCCAGCUCCAAUGCAAAAGCAAGUAGUAGACAAAUCCAUCCAUGAUGAGUCAUCAACGCAGAAAAAACUUUCUAAACUAACUAUGCCAACCUAUGUCCCACGUCCGCCUUUUCCAAGAAGAUUGAAAAAGUUUAAGAAAGAGGAAGCUGACAAGAAAAUUUUGGAGACUUUUCGCAAAGUUGAGGUCAACAUUCCAUUACUUGAUGCUAUUAAACAAGUGCCUCAUUAUGCUAAGUUUUUGAAGGAGUUUUGUACGAAUAAGAAGAAACUGAAGGGUGAUGAAAAGAUAAGUGUUGGGGAGAACGUUUCUACUGUUCUCCAAAAGAAGCUGCCACCAAAAUGCAAGGACCUUGGGACUUUUACAAUUCCUUAUAUGAUUAGGAAUAUAAAGAUUGAGUGGUGGAUGCUAACAAUGGAGUUUGAUGGUCAAUUUAUCAAAUUCAAUGUGUUUGAUUCCAUUGGUGAGAUCAAAGGGCAGGAGACUUCAUUGAAAUAUCCAACAUAA